UAUAAAAACACUUGUACGCUUUAAAGAAAUUGAAAUUUUUUUUUGUCAACGUUGAAACAUAUGAUCAAAUUUGUUCAAGAUGGCACUGCAAGUAGCACGGAACAAUGGGGAAUGGGGUGAACUAUUUAAUGUACCGCCGCAGGAAGAAGUCGAGGUAUACGUGCUUUUUGUGAACACAACAAAUCGAACCCUCGAUUUAUAUUGGGCAAGCGAUCCAAACACCCAGAACAUACAGCUAACACUAAAGCCGAAUCAGGGCGUGCCUGUAAAUACAUAUAAUACACACAUAUGGUUCUUUUGCGACUAUUACACUGGCGAACGUAUGCAUGUGCGAUCGAAGCGUUUAUUUUAUCCCAUACGCAUACGAGUGCCACGGAAUCCCCAACAGCCGGAUGAGCUAUGUGAUGUACGCAGCCAGGUGCUCAUCCACUUUCCAAUGCGUACUCUGAAGGAGAAUUGCUUAUGGCUAAUUGUACGAUGGCUAAAGCGUACAUGCAAUACACCAGAGCUUCUCAUUAAUAACUAUUUAAUACCCGCGACACUAAAGCAACAGUUGCUACUCUUGCUAAGGACUAUCAACACCUAUUACAGACAGGCGCAUCAGAGAAGACUGCGUAUGAUGAGUCGAAGAUAAAGGAUUCCUCGCAUAUAUACGGAUACAAUUAUAUUAAGACUC